GAUGUUUUAGCAAGCUCUAUGAGAUGAGUAGAGCCUGAUGCAGGAGAUUUUUCAGAGGUUCAGUUCGAUCAAAGAUGUUCAAGCCGGCAAGAUGGAGGAGUCAGAAGAAGAUCAAGGCUGUACUCAAGCUGCAGUUUCAGGCAACUCAGGUGCCACAACUGAAAGCCAAAACCUUGACUAUAGCACUGGUUCCGGCCGAUGUUGGAAAGCCAACGGUGAGAUUAGAGAAAGCUUCCAUUGUGGAUGGAAGUUGUCUUUGGGACAAUCCUGUAUAUGAAACAGUGAAGUUAGUCAAGAAGCUGAAAACGGGGAGAUUCAAUGAGAAAUUUUAUCGUUUCAUUGUGUCCACCGGAUCAUCUAAAGCAGGUCUCCUCGGAGAAGUCUCAAUCAAUUUUGCAGAUUAUGCAGAGGAGGCUAAACCAUCCACAAUCUCCCUGCCCAUUCGGACUUCUAAACCUGGAGGGAGUGGAGCAAUUUUGCAUGUAACAGUUCAGAACAUACAGGGUUCUGCUGAUGAAUGGGAUACUGAAGAGAUUGAACCCCCAAAAGCCAAACCACAAGAUAGGAGCUUAAAGAACCAAUUAACUAACUAUAACAUAAAUGAAAACAGCAACCUAAACUUUACGGAAGACGAAUAUACCAAUCCAGUGGACAAUCCUCCAAUUUGUCAGGAUGGGACUACUCUCAUCAGAAAGGACUCUUUACCACAAAAGGGAACAGUUAAUGCCUAUCAGAAAAAUGGCUACACGCAUCAGAGAUCAAUCACAGAUUGGUCAGCGGGUUCUGCUUCAGAUGGUAGUAUGGCUGACUUACCAACCAGCCCUGUGGAGAAUUUCCUAAAUGACAGGUCAGUAGAGGGCUCAGAUAGAUCCAUUGAGAGACUUGUAAGAGAAAUAUCUAUGUUGGAAAGGCAGGCCAACGUAUCAGAACUGGAAUUACAGUCACUUCGGAAGCAAAUUAUGAAGGAAAGCAAAAGGGGGCAGGACCUAUCAAGACAAGUUGGUAGUCUCAGAGAAGAGAGAGAUGCACUUAAAACAGAAUGUGAACAACUGAAGUCUCUGCUCAAAUGUAGUUAUGACACUGAAGUUUCAAAUCAGUUGCAAAUAGAGAACCAAAAUCUGAAGGGUAUGUUGAAAGAAAUCAGGCAAGAGCUUAAUCAUGAAAAAGACUUGAAAACCACUAUGAGGUUGCAAUUGCAGAAAACUGAAGAUUCAAACUCCAAACUGAUUGUUGCAGUAAGAGACCUUGAUGAAAUGCUGAAUCAAAAGAACAGGGAAAUAGAUGAUCUCUCAACCAUAAAAAAUGCCAGAAUGAAUGAAAAAGAGGACUAUGGAAAUGAUCCAUACUGUGACAAUAAAGCCAAGGAAGUUGACAUGCUUAAGCAGAGGAACACAGACCUUCAUGGCCGAAUAGAAGUCUGCAUGAAAGAGAGAGAAGAGCUAGAGAUCAACAUGGAACAACUUGCCAUAGAUCAUGAAAUCUUGAAACAGGAAAACCAUGGUCUAUCUCUAAAGUUAGAGCAAAUUGAAGUGGAGCAGACAAGAAUGCAGAACGAACACGUGGACAAUUUGGCGACUAUAAAAGAAUUAAAACUCCAGAUAGAAACCUUGGAGAAAGAAAUCAAAAGGCAGGCACUAGAAUUAUCAGAAUCUUCAGAUACGAUUUAUGAGCUUGAAAGUCAGGCAAAAACCUUGGAGGAAGAGAUGGAAAAGCAGGCUCAAAGAUUUCAAGAUGAUUUGGAAGGCACAAGACUUUCCAAAAUUGAGCAGGAACAAAGGGCCAUCCAGGCAGAGGAGGCCUUGAGAAGGACAAGGUCAAACAAUGCUAUUGCAGUUGAGCAAAUCCAGGAGGAAUUCAGAAGGCUUUCAGUGGAAAUGUCAUUGAAGUUUGAUGAGAAUGAGAAGCAAACUAUGAAAGCAGUCACAGAAGCUAAUGAUCUGUGCCUGCAGAAAAGGGUCCUGGAAGAAAUGCUCCAGAAAGUGAACGAAGAACUUGCCUCAACAAAAGAGCAGUAUGAAGUAAAACUUCAAGAGCUCAAAAAGCAAAAUGAUCUGAAAUCAAAACAAAUAGAGCAGAUAUCACAGGAACUCAAUGAAAAGUGUAUGGAGAUCGAAUGCCUUUUGAAACUAGAGGAAGAAAAGAACAAUUCUUGCUCAACUGAAAUGAGAAAACUCAAAGGCGAGAUAGAGAGACUCAAAAUGGAAAGUGACGUUUCUAAAGAAUCAGAUUGUAAGGAAAUGAGAUUAAAUAGGGAACAGAUGAAGAAACCAAUUGGUGACAAAAAGACACAAAGGUGGAGCAAAGAAAGAGAAGAACUCAAGAGAGAACUAGCUUUCACAAGAAAGGAAGUACAAAGACUACAGGAGGAAUCAAAUACUUCGAGGUCUUUGAAAGAUGAAAAGGAGACAAUGGUUAGGAUUCUGCAGGGAGAUGUAGAAAAACUCAGAAUUCAGUAUAACAGAUUGAAUAAUGAUUUGCUUAAAGCAGACAUGGACAAAGAAAACCCAAGGAAAGAAGUCUCUAAGUUAGAGGAUGUGCUACAGAUGAAUGAAGAGAUGCCUGCCGUUACAGAACAGCAGCUCCAGAGUGACAACAAACAAGCUAGAAAUUCAAAAGAAAGAAAAGCAGCCUCACUUUCUUCUGAGUCUGUGAAGGAUGCAGUCAGCAAGAAGUUGAACAUCAUAGAGGGUGCUAAACUUGCCGAGAAACUUACUGUAAAUGGUAGAAAGCGCAACUUAAAGCUGUCAGAGAUGAGCACUGCAGCAGACACUUCUAAACAAAAUGGAGUUGGCACAACACCAGUCAAAAGGGAGGUAGAAAUUUGCUCAGAGAAAGGUCUGAAUGUCCCCAAUUUCCCUACAAGUUAUGAUAGCCAUCUUACUGAAUUGUUAAGCGAAAUGGCAGUACUGAAGGAAAGGAAUAAACAUAUGGAAGGGGAACUCAAAGAAAUGCAAGAGAGAUAUUCAGAGAUAAGUCUCAAAUUUGCAGAGGUAGAAGGUGAGAGGCAACAACUAGUAAUGACUGUACGUAAUCUGAAGAACAAUAAAAAGAACUAGCACAUUUUUGAGAUAAUGGGACCCGUUAAAAUGAA